AUAAUACAAAUGUAUAACAUUUAGUACACUGGUUUGUCAAAAGUGGAAUAAAGAAUUAAAUAAAAAAUGUUGAGGUACAUAUCCAGUGAAUACUGUCACGCACUCUAGACUGAAAAGGAGCCUUGAUCGUCAUCAUAAAGCAAUGUUCUCUCAGGUGUUAAUGAAUGUGACGACAAGAACUUGAUAUCCAAGCAGGAGACACCCAAGGGGUUAAAAGACAAAACAUCCUCUGAGCGGAAUUAUUUCCUCCCUCAACACCUGCCUUCCCCUUCCUCCAUGUCAGCUUUUCAGGCCAAUAUACUGUGAUCAUAGGAAAUGAGGAAAUGCUAUGACAAACUGGCCUAAUAGUAUUCUAUUUUUAAAUUCCAAUACUAAUGCAGAAUCAGACUUCAAUUUUAAUGGAAUAUAGACUGACUGUAAUUUGGAAAACAUAACGCAUCUUUUAAUUAACCAUAAGUCAUUAGUUUAACAGCUUUUACAACAGCCACAACAGUCUCAGUUUGCUACGUCACAAACCAACAACCAAAUCACGUCAAGGGAUUCAUUCCCAUCACUAGCAUGCAAAGUAUACCAAUACCAACACAAAACCAAAAAUAGAGCAAAAAACUCAUGAAGCCAUGGUUUAAUGUGAGUUUAGAACUGUUAACUUGCAUUAUAGCCCAUGGCAACAGUGUAAAAGUAGCCCGGAGUCAGACCCACCUCUCCCACAUUGCUGUCUGCGAAUUAAGAAUCACAAAUGGUUGUAUUUAAGGCUUCAAGGCAUUUCAGGACAUAACAUUAUCAAGUAACUUUAACGUAUGUUACAGUAUUCACUGUAGUUGUCUGCAAGUAAAAACAGUUUUAUCAGUCAUUAUCUUUGUAUGCCAUUGUUUUGCAUUUACUACAGUUCAGUUGAUCAGGAGGCGCUGGCUGGUGUCACUGAGUAGGGCUGGGACUAAUUUGCAUUUUCAUAGAUCAGUGUAUAGGCUAGUAAAUGAGGGUGUUGUGUUACACUCAAGCUAUUUUAAUGAGCUAUUUCAUGAGAAAAUUAACACAAGAAAAAAAAACAUUUAAAUAUGUCAUUCUAAUUAUCAAAGAUAAGUUUUAAGAGAUAAAAUAUUUGAAUACGGGGGACUUUAAUUACAAAUCAUAUUAACAAAAUCUGAGUACCAAGUUAACCUGAAAAAGUUACAAUUUGUAAAUUUCUACAGAAUUUCUGAGGAUGUUUUACCCAUCUUUAUUUUAUAUUUUUCAAAAACCUAAAACCUCAUUUCGAGUUUUCAAUGACAAAAUUCUCAGACUUUUGGACCCCGUUGUACUCUAGAUCUAGGGCAGGAAAUUAUGGUCUAGAAAUGAUAGCGUGAGUGACAACUGAAAGACCAACCACUUUAUCUCUCUUUAAACAUGCAGGGGGAACAGAGCUUUGAAGAUGAGAAUGUAGAAGGACAAAAGCACAGCAAAACACACAUCUGGACAUGUGGUCCUAUGGUUUGACUUGGACACUGCUGAAGUUGCGUUACUUGAAUUAUACAGCUGCAUCCUGAGUUGCUUUUUUUCUGUAGCAGCCCUCUAAGAAAAAAACAAAUACAACCAUUGCGUCCCCAUCCUCUCCCAAUAGUAGGACCCACUGUCUUGGCUUUGGCUGGAGCAGAUACAGACAAGGAGGAGCAUCCAGCAGUAAGAGUUUAAUUAGAGAUCUUAUCCAAGCAGCACUUUUCAAACGGAGGUCAUAGGUCAUGGGAGGAGUGUCAGUACUUUCACAGAGGACUCUAUUAAGAAAACAGCCUCUUAGACUGAUGAGAGAUGAGUAAAAGCAGCCAGGGAGCAAAUUACAUUCUAUUUGUGCUUCUGUGACACGGUCUCCUCCUCCUACUCUUGAUGGCAUAUAAGAGAAGCUCACUCACAGUGGGAGCACAAUCCUGGAAAAGGAGAAUCAACUGGAUGUAGACACUGAGAGGCUUUAUUCUUGCAACAUCCAGACCUCUAAUUAAUUACUUGCACAGGUAGUAUUAUUAAAAGUUUCAGAACAAACAUGCUGAAUGCCGGGAUACUAUUACUACUAAGUUAUUGCCUUAGUGUUGGGGAAGCAUUUACAGCCAAUUCAGAUACAACAGGAAAGAAGCAGUACCAGAUACAGAAUGGGCCCUGCACCUACACCUUUCUGCUUCCAGAACCACAGGACUGUGAAGGCCCUUCGAGCACCUACACCAACCAAGUACAACGAGAUGACCUGGUUGACUAUGACAGCUCAAUCCAAAGACUGGAACAACUAGAAACCAUCAUGGAAAACAACACGCAAUGGCUGCAGAAGCUGGAGAACUACAUCCAGGAGAACCUCAAACAAGACAUGGCCCAAAUUCAAAAUGAUGUAGUUCAAAACCACACAGUGACCAUGAUCAAGAUUGGGACCAGUCUCCUGAGUCAGACAGCAGAGCAAACUCGAAAAAUCACUACUGUAGAGGCACAGGUUAUUAACCAAACAACUCGACUUGAACGUCAGCUUCUUGAGAACUCCAUUUCAACCAGCAAAUUGGAAAAAGAAAUUCUACAGCAGAUAAAAGAAAUCAACAAACUGAAUGAAAAAAACAGUGUCCUGGAGAAACGAGUCGAGAAGAUAGAAGGAAAGAGAAAUAGUGAGCUAGAAGACCUCAAAGAGGAGAAGGAACAGCUAAAAAAGUUGGUGGAAAAGCAGACUAACAUAAUGAAAGAGAUGGAGCAACAACUGAUCCAAACCUCUUCCGAUAACUCUGCCAUGAAGCAGCAGCAGCAAGAACUGACAAAUACAGUCAACAACCUAAUCCACACAAUCUCUGUGGGUAGCAAUUCAAUGAUGCAGGACAACCCAGAUCAGUACAAUGACUGUGCUGCUGUCUUCAGUGUAGGGAACAAGGAAAGCGGUGUCUUCACAUUGACUAUGCCUGAUACAAAACAGCAGUUUAAGGCCUACUGUGACAUGCAGACAGAUGGAGGUGGAUGGACAGUAAUACAGAAGCGCUUUAACGGCCUUGUUGAUUUUCAUCAAACGUGGAAAAAUUACACAUUGGGGUUUGGAGAUAUCUUAGGUGAACACUGGUUGGGGAAUGAAAUCAUCUCUAAAUUGACACAAGAAAAACAGUAUGUGCUCAGGAUAGAUCUGAUGGACUGGGAGGGAAAUGCAGCCUUUUCAAAAUACGAGCAGUUCUCACUAGAUGGUGAGAAGCAGAAUUACAGGAUACACCUCAAUGGCUACAGUGGAACAGCAGGGAGAACCAGUAGCAUGGGACAGCCUGGAAGUGAUUUCAGCACAAAAGACAUAGACCAUGACAAAUGUGUUUGCAAAUGCUCACAAAUGCUUUCAGGAGGUUGGUGGUUUGAUGCCUGUGGACCAUCUAAUCUCAAUGGCGUAUAUUACCAGCAAGGGCAGAACACCAAUCGCUUUAAUGGUAUCAAAUGGUACUAUUGGAAAGGUUCGGCAUAUUCACUAAAGGCCACCACUAUGAUGAUAAGACCAUCGAACUUCUGAGCCUCUACUUUUAACGCACAAUAAUUACUGAUGCCACUGCUUUUCUUUUCCUGUAAGGAAAAUUUUGGUGGCUUGACUUUCAUGCACCUCUGAUAAAUGAUUAUUAUUAAGUAGAUCAAGCACUUGAGAAAAAGCAAAGUUAAAUAGCUAAUCACCUGAACAUAAAAACAUGGCUUACAACAUAAUAAAAUGGAGCUUAAUCAAUGGACAUUUUUUGUCGAAAUGGAAGUAUAAAUACUUGCUGUUAAUUGAAGACAAUAAUUGAAGAAUAACAGUUUUAAAAGGGAACACCACUGUAAAUGGAAUUACCUUGAUGCUUCAAAUAAUUUCUAAAAUGUAUAUAGAUAAAUAUAAUUAAUUAUUAUUUUCUUAUUGUGCUUAUUUUAUUUUUUAUUAAUAUAUUGUAAACAAAAUUACAGAAAUGUAUGUAUUUUCAAUGUAACCAUGGUACAAUUUAAAUGCAUCAUGCUGAGGACAUUCUUUACAAUUGUCUUACAAAUUGUUAGUCUACAAAGCUGUUGUUUACACAUGGUUUAGUGCUUUUGAAUUUCUUAACUGUGGGCAUUUGUGGAAAGAUGACCAGACUCCACAGCACUCCUGAAAGGUUGUUCCAAAUUAAAAUUGCCAUAAUUUACUCACCUUGUGUUAUUCCAAAUCCAUAUGACUUUCAUUAAUCUAUGAAAAAACAAAUGAAUAUACUUUUCUGUGUUUUUGUUUCGUAAGCUGAAACAACAGCUCUAUAUAUUUAAAGACCAAUGAAGUAGCAAAUCACUUUUUCACUACAGGUACAUUCAGGUUCUCUCCACCUUUUUCCUGAAUGCUGAAGUCUUGUCCAAAUACACUCAAAACAGAUGGGUGCUCAUUUUACAUACAGCUCCCGAUUGGGUGAAGUUCUUUUUUAACAUAAACGCAGACCAUUGGAGACAGUCGACCAAGUAUGUCACAAUUCACAGAAAUUUCAAAGAUCCAAAAAUGCCAAUUAAACAUUUUCAACCCUUGAAAACUACAGUUGGUGGACAACCUAAAUGGGUAUUACCGCUGCACGUACCGCCGCCGCAGUGCCGCGGCAUUAACUGCAAGUCAGACGCGGGUUAAAAUCAUUCACAAAAAUACUGCCAGGUGGAGCAAAGGGACAAAUUGCGAACUGGAUGUAAUUGUAAGAUGAGAUAAAAGGAGGAAGUAAAACAACAAUAACAUUAUGAUAUAACAUUGUAACAUCCUUAAAGACCAUUAGAACAUUUACAGUGAGUUAAUUUCAGUCUACACAUUAAAAAUUUAAAGACCUUUACUCUUAAGGCUCUUAUGCAUGCUAUUGUUAUGAAACAGUAAUUAUAUAUGACCAAGAAUUAACCAAGAAUAUAUAUUUCUUCAGAUUCCAUUUGCUGAGUGAAACGAGAACAGUCCAGUAUUUACAAAUAAUUCUUAUUAACUGUUAUUAUUCUUGAUUUUUCAAACUGCUAACACUUUAAAACUAGCUACAUUUUUUACUAUGCCUUCACUGUGUGACUUAAAAUUUUUAAUUGUGACUUUGAUCGUGCUGGUGCCUCACGUGCACAUAUUCUUUGGAAACAGCAGCUUUUCACUGAGCAGCAGUGCACUGGCAUAAUUUUGCUCAUUAUGACUUUUUUCCAUCACGCAACAUCACGAAUAUGGAAACGUUUGGAUUUCUCCCGAAUGAGAGAGAUAAGCCCAACCUUACCUUGUUUCGCCUGAAAUUAUUUUUAACUAUUGUUUGUUGUUGUUUAUAAGCCUAUUAUAUACUGAAAUUAUAUAUUUUAAACUUGUUCUGUUCUGAUAAAUUUGUUAAAUUUAAAGGAUUUGUUGUAAAGUAAACAAAAACUAUCCUGUUGGCACAUUACAACAAUAUCAGGCCUGCCGUUAUAAUUUCUGAAUGUAAUAAAAUGCAACCUGCCUCCCGCGAUGCUCAGCUGUGGACGAUUUGAGAAUGUUUGAUAUAAAGGUUGCAGUCACAUUUUAUACAGGAAUUGUUCAUUAAAUAUAUAUAUAAUAUUAAUAUAUAAAUUAAAAGAUAGUUAUUUUUAUGCUAACAUGCAAUCAAGGUCUUUGGAUACUGUACAAGAAACAAGUUAAUUUAAGCUAUUUAACAUGCACUGACAUUUUACCGUUUCAACUUAUAAACUCAUUGAGAUUUUAAAGUCAGUUUAAUAGUAAUGAAAAUCAAGUUGAAUAUUGUAUUAAGAAAGGUUUUAAUUAGUUUUAAUUUAUUUCUAUGAAUUAAUAAUAUGUUAUCAUGACUUUUUCAACAUGUCAUUUUUUUAUGACCUAUAUUCGUUUUCCAUUUCGGAGACCAAGAACCCACUUUUUUUUUCUUUUUUAAAUCUAUUAAUCGCUCACAUACCUCUAACAACAGUAAUUUUUAUUUUUUUUCAUUAUUAUUAUUAUUCAUGAGGAACGCUGUCAGGGGAGUCACAUUAUCAUUAGAGUUGCAAAUUAACUCAGAAAUGGAAAAUAAGGGCUAAGGAGAUUCUUCUUUUAAGAGAUUCUUAAUUUUAUUCUUUGUUUAUAAUGUUUAUUCUUGUAGAAAAUAAGUGUGUAUUAUUUAAGAAAAUAAGGGAAAGAAUAAGGGACUAUCCAAAUAUUUGUAAUGUGCUAUAGGCCUAUAUCUGCUUGGAGUUAAAAAGUUAUCAUAUUUGUUUUGCUUCACCCAUUUAUGUAGGCUACAAUUAUUCUAAAAAUAAAAGUAAAUAGUCAUAAAAAAUGCCAUCGACCUGAAUACAUUUUACCAUUAUAGAAUUGGGGUAAUUUAGAAGUUGAAAAUGAAAGCAUGACAACUGAAGGUCUAUGAAACAUUUAUAGGAUGCAUUUUUUUAAACAAUGGCACUUAAAGUUUUCAAAUAAAAUAUUAUUUCGACCAUAUAGCACGUGAAUAAAUAAAAAUUUUUUUUACUCUAUUUAACAGCAUUAGCUUCAUGAAAUACAUCUUCCUUCAGGUAGACUGAAUGUUUUCCUGCCUUCCUAAAUGUUGGUCUCAUGAUCAAUAAGUUGUAUUUGCCUCAAACUGAAAGUCAAACGGCGGAUGGUGAAGCUGCGUCAGUGAGCGGAGUCCCGCGCGGUGUGAGGCGUGUGAGUCCGCUUGGUCUUAAAGCCUUAAUCAAGUGCAUACGUUCACAAAUAAUUAUUUUUGCAAAUAUUAUGAUUAAUUAUCAACUGAUAAUUUGUUAUUAUUUUGAUCUAGUGAAAAUAAUAAUAUGGGCUGCAAGAAAAUAAUGAACACAAACAGUAGGGCUGCUGUGAGUGCAGCAUAUUUCAACCCAGUAACAUGACAACACACCGUUCCUCACAGACAAAAAACAGAUCAAAUUCAGUUCAGCUGGAGGGGGCUGGGGUUUUGGGGGUAGUUCUGUAUUGAUUUUGGGGGUUGGUAAUAAAGGUUUGAAUUUUUUGCCCUUUCAUAUUGACAGUGACUUAUGAGGGUUUCAAACAGGUUUUAGGACAUGGUUUUAAAACAACUUUAAAGAAAGGUUUGAUCCACUUCUUAAAGAAAGAUGAAAAUUCUAAGCUUCCUAUCACUGUUUAUAAGUCCUGUACAACAGGUUUAAAUCCAUCCAAGGUUAAAAAACAUUGUCAUUUUAUCAAAAUAUCAUUUUAAAAUUACCUAA